UUCCUUUCUAGUUUAUUUCUUGAAGCGGACAAAAUGGUUCAACGCUUGACUUUGAGAAGACGUCUGUCGUAUAACACCAAAUCCAACAGGAGACGUAUUGUACGUACACCUGGCGGUCGUCUGGUAUACCAAUAUGUGAAGAAGAAUAAGACCGUGCCAAAGUGUGGUCAAUGUAAAGAGAAGCUAAAGGGUAUCCGCCCCACACGCCCAUGCGAACGUUCUCGCCUGUCGAAACGUCAAAAGACCGUUGCCCGUACCUAUGGAGGUGUUUUGUGCCACAGGUGUCUCCGCGAGCGUAUCGUGCGUGCUUUCCUUAUCGAGGAACAAAAGAUCGUGAAGGCGCUAAAGAGCCAACGUGAAUUGGUGAAGGUGGUCAAGCCCGUUGCAGAGAAAAAACCCGCCAAGGCGCAAGCUAGUAAAACAGCGGGAGGUAAAUCGGCUGCUAAGAAACCCGCCCAGAAAUCCACUGGCAAAUCCAAGAAGUAAACAAUAAUUGAUGGAUAAAUAUUGAAUGGGGGUGAUUCUAUGGUAGAAGUGAAGCUCAGAAGAAUUGGUGUAAAAAAUAAGUUUUACGUUGUACGUUACACUCAAAGACGUAUGGUAUAAAAUAAAAAAAAAACGCUAUUCUUUUUUAAAUGUA